AUGUCAAGUUUAAAGUACAACUGUCAACCAACAAAUAGGCAUGUUACAUACUUUGAUUCACUUGCUGAAAGUAACAUAGUCCAAACUUAAUACAAACCUCCUUAUUUCUUAGGCUAUCAACAUAUGUAUUAAGAUUUAUCUAGUAACACUAUUGCAAUUUUUUACUCCCAACUGAUCAGACUACAAUCCAUUACUAAAACUGUGCUGAAUGCAUACAACCUGUACUGUUCAGCAAUCAUUUAACUGAUUUAGUUUGCUAAUAUGCUACCAACUGCUCCAAAUUUAUUAUUGGCUAGUAUGUUAUAAUUGGCCCUCUUAAUAUGGAUGCAGCUGAAUGGACUAACCCAAGAAAUUAAUGCACAACAUGUAUCAGCUCAUAUUACUUAUAAAAUGGAGCUUUGUUCAAGACAGCACCCCACUGAUAAAUUAAAUAUAGUUACCUCAAUACAAGCAAAUUAAACAUAUUAUUGUUAAAUUUGCAAUAAUGGUUUCAAUAUGAUCAGUAGAUGCUAACUUAAUCAAGUUCAUCAUAUAUUCAAUAUUACUUAUCCUUACACUUCUUGUAUUCUUAUUUGAUUUUUUUUAAUUUGUAUUUUUUUUAUUUUGUUACAGAACCGAGCCUUACGUUUUAUUAUGUUACUGUCUAAAGUGUCGAACCUACAAUGACAUCUCUACAAUCCUGUAGGCAAUACUUCACAAAUUGUUCUAAUCUUACGAUUAUACUUUAUUUUCUACACUCUACUUCAAAUAUCGGCUAAUUAUAUACAAGAUAUGAGUAAGCUACAUUAGCCCUUAGAUGCUGGACCAAUCAAAGUUGCAUACCUUGCAUGUUCAUUACUGAUGGUACUCGCACGUCAUGCACUAACCUUACAUAAAACUCUUCUAACUGCUUCCUAAUUCCGAUCAAUAGCACUCAUCCAUAUCACUUAGAUGUAGUGAAUUAAUACUCUUCUUGCCUUAGCUUCCACAAAAUGCAACACUUGAUGUACUCUGCUCUAUUAGUUAAUCCAUCUAUGUUUCAAAUACUAGUUGCUCAACUAUCAAUCCAAUCACUGGAUAAUGUAGUCUAAUCUUAUGUAAUUUUUUUUUCCUUGAAUCCAUAAUCAUUCCUCAAACUACCAACGUAUAUUUAACUGUUUUACCAAGGAUAUUUCUGGUAUGAGUUAACACUUGCGCAUUAAUUAGUUAUGUGUCAAAUAUCCUAAAUAUAGUUAUACUUGUACAUCAGCCACUACAUACAAUACCUGAUGACUGGCAGCGUCAUUCAGAUUACUCCACUAAUUUUGCUAAUUCGCAUAUUUUAAAACACCCAUUUGCAAUUAUCUACCAGUCCUCAGGACUAUUUGUUUGUAAUUUUAGGCUCUCUUAUGAAAAGGUCCUUUGUAUAAUUCCAUUUAUACUGA